GCUUUCUGCGAGCGUCUAGAUGGCGUUACAAUCGUCGACGAUCAGCUGAUGAUGACAGUUGAUCGACUCCACAAUCGUACGUGUUUUCACUUUAUUUGACGUUACUUAACAAACAUUGUUAAUUUAUUUAUAAAUGUGACAUGUAAUUUUGUCAUGUCGAAAACACUUGUUUCCGUAAGAUCUGAAGUCAAACGAUGUUGCGCACGUGCCGAACUUGAACGGAUGGACUAGAAAGAGUUUUAUUCCGAGUUUAUCGUGCCUUCAGCCCGCCUAGACUUUUUCGUACACUUUUUACUGUAUUCUAGUGCUAUUCUAAAUUUUAAAAUGAUGGCCGCAAAGAUAUAUCAACCUGAUCAGGAGCUGGAAACAAAAGUUAAAAAAGCGACGGAACGCAUAUCGGAAAAUAUGCAUAUCGUUGCGAACGAGCCGUCGCUCGCCUUUUAUAGACUACAGGAACACGUGAGAAAAGCGUUGCCACCGAUGGUUGAGAAACGCGUAGAGGUGCUGGCGUUGCAGCAACAAUUAUUGGGCAGAUGCUACGACGUGGAAUACGCGGUCAGCGCUAUCAAAACGAUGCAGGGAGCUGAAAAGAGUUUUGAGAAUACAUUAGAGUUCAUCAAGAAUGCCAUAUUCUUCAAGCAGCAGCUCAAGUACGAGGAGCAAAGACGGCUCAAGAAGGACGGCAAUAGAGAUUCUGUUUACAAAAGAUUGUCGGCUCAUAUACCAACCUUGGAUCAUCUGCCGGAUGAAAUAUCGGACGUUGUGCGGGAGACGGCAAAUCGUGUGGAAUCAAUGAUGAAUCACGCCAGACAUUCCGGUGAAGUGCAAAGAUCGGCUACUAUUCACAAUUAAAACUUAUGCGUGUUUGUUU